AUGAAUUCAAGCUUCGUGUUGCCGCCAAUAGUCUUCCACGUUCAUGUUACAUUCGAAAUCCAGACACAAGAUCCAGUAAUAUCUUCAACUGAAUAUAUGGUUUUUCUAGGAGAACAAAACGAAUCAACGUUUAAUUUAUCGCUAAAUGAAAGUUUCAAACAAAGUAUAUCUCCACGGGCAACUGAGUUAACACACUUUACAAGGAGAGCUGUUUACCUUAUAGAAAUAGGUUCUAUAUUAGAAAAUGAUAUACCAGAAAAUUAUUUGGAGAGUGAAACGAUUUCAAUAAAUGUAAGGUAUGGAUCAUUAGCGCCAAUAACAGUGUAUCCGAUUGGUAGCUUAGGAAAGGAAUACAAGGUGAUUACGUUCUGUCAAAUCCUUGGUAAAUGCUUUAUUAGUAUAACUACGCUUCCUGAUAUAACAGUCGAAGUUAAGGUAGCCCUACCUGAAACGAGAAAAUCAAAUAGAAAUAUCGAAGUCACAUUUAAUAAUACAAAAUAUGAAAGUGGAGAAACCAUCUUAUUUAAAUUGUUCGGAAAUUCCACAACAAUAAUAGAGUGUGCCUGUGACCUAACCGGAACUUAUAUCAGCAGUAACGGAACAAUAGCCGUAUUUACUGGUGGUAGAGAUACAGUUGUGAAAAAGGGAAAGAAGAAACAGACGUUAAUUACACAAAUGCUACCGCUGAGUACCUGGGGUAAAGAAUUCAUAUUGAUUGAUUCUGAUACUGAUGAUUCUGGUGAUACUAUUCGAGUAAUAUCUAGAUACAACAAUACUGUGGUAAAAAUGGAUGGCUUUAAAACCGUGACAAUACAUGAUAUGUCUCAUUUUAUAAUACAGCGAUCUUUGCAGAGAGGAAGCACAAUAUAUCUUUCAGCAAAUAAACCAAUAAUGGUGUGUCAGAUUGCUGCAGAUGGUUUGAAGCAGCCGGCUAUGAUAAACAUUCCAUCAGAGGAACAUUAUUUUACAACAGAGCUGUCCAUCCCAUGUAAAGAUCAUUAUCACCUGUACAUUGUUGUGAAUGGAUACAACGAAACUUUUCAGAUAAGAGAAAGCACGAAGAGACAUACCGAACUUGUAUCGAAGUCUGGACUCUCUGUAAUGCACUUUGAUAACCAAUACAAUUAUAACAAUGACAUAUGUGUAAUCCAGAACAAUGAUAUAUCGUUCGCAGUUUCGUAUACAAAUAUGAAUUCAAAUGAUUACAUAGAUUUUCAUUAUGUAGGAAACAACGCCUUACAGGUAAGAAAAUAA